CGACCAACCCUUUUCAUUCUCGUUGACACCAUGGUUCUGGUGAUGCGGAUGCGUCAUGUUGUGCGAAGGGCGUCACUUUCGAAGCGAGUGAUGGCUCGCUUCUCCUCCACGAACGUGGCGGCGCCGUCUCGCGUAGAUGACGACCUGAUCGCCAACUUCCAGCUCCUCUUGGAGAAGCGGCAGGCUACAGAGGCCAUGCAGAUUUUCCAAUCGCUCAAAAAGCCGCCAGCCACGGCGCUGUCGCAACGAUUGGCGAUCAUGCUUGCAAAAAGAGCCACGCUUAAAGACACCAAGGAUGCCAUUGACGUGUUGAAGAGCGUUUACAUGAAUCCAACGCUCAAGCCCGACGACUUUACGAUGCUGGCGUUCAUUUUCGUGUCGGAUGCAUGCUACCGCAACAAAAUGCUCAAGGAGGCCCUUGAAGUAACGGAGGAAGCGCAUAACUUGGGGGUCCGCCUGGACUUGCCAGCGUACAACAACCUCAUCAACGCGCUGGUGGACGCUGACCAGACUGACGAAGCCAUCUUGAUUCUGCAAGAUAUUGCCGGAGGCGACGUCAUCUCCCCAGACGAAACGACAUAUGCCGGGUUGAUUAGUGCGAUCAUUUCACAGCGCGAGUUUUCACAAGCCAUGGAAACCAUUGACCAGGCACGGACGUCGGGUGUGAAAUUCUCGGGAGAGACGUACAUGUCGUUCAUGUCGUCGUUGGCGGACGUGGAAGACGACUCGGAUGCUAUGGACAGGCUGCUCACGUACUUGGAAACGUCCAUGGACGAAGACGGCAUCGAGGCGUUUGAGGAGUUUGAAAACGCUAUCAUUGGCCACGACGACGAUGACGACGAUGACGAUGACGGUGACAAUGACAACGACGACGACGACCACGACGACCACGAUGACGACGGCAACACGUUGCAUUAA